AUGGCAGGUCUGCCCCUUUUACCGGGAUAUACUUUUCGAGACGUCAGUGUGAGGGAUUACAAAUUGCCACACAAACUCGAUGUCCUAAAUGGUUUUCCUGUAGUACGCGACACUAAAUACGGCAUCGGAAGGAAGCCGACAGACGCAGCAUCCGUUCGGUAUGCCGACGCUCCAGACCCUGUGGAGUACGAUCCAUCGCUAACUUACGGUCGCUUGCCUCGCCACGCGUAUCGACGAUUCGUGCCCCAUUAUGCAGUAUUCGCACAAAAGUGCCUACGUUUUAAGGCCUACUUUCGUCAGGAAGUCUUGAAUUCUCCGCACGAGCAUUAUCGCCUGCGCCACGUAAACAUUAUUUAUUAUCUGGAAGACGAUACGCUCUGUGUGAUUGAGCCUGUGGUCGACAAUGCCGGUUUCCAGCAGGGAAAGCUGUAUGCGUCUCCCGCAGGCAUUUAUGGGACUGUUUAUCACAUUGUCGACUGCGACCCAUUCACCAAAGAGUUCCUGACGAGCCAGGGUAUCGACGUGGGUGAGAGGGAGAGCCUGCCCGUGGAUCCUUACACGGAGCAACGCAACAUCAAGUCAACGACGACACCGACGACGACAAUCAUCGAUGAUCCCAGGCGACGCUUUCUCCAAUACGACGGCAUGGUGUUGUCGUUCGAUGCCACGUGGAACGGCGAUCGCUACCGGGUGAUGUACUUUCCGACGGACGACACCGUAGCGAUCGGUGAGAUACAUGAGCGCAACGACGGCAAAGACCCCGUGCCGAUGCUACUCAGGCGAACACGCGUGCCGAAGGACUGGAAGAAUCUGCCGGCCCGGCAUCCGAGCAUCUACAUGGAGUAUGGUGAUCCUGAAGUCGUCGAGUACUGUACACCGCGCGAUUUUAGAUUGGGCGAGACGAUUCUCUUGUUCGGCCGGAGCUUCCUGCUGCACGACUGCGACGCCUUUACGCGCAAGUAUUACUCCGACGUGCUGGGUACGCCGCAACCGAGCGCGGUUCCACUUCCCACGAGAGCGGAGAGGCCGGCGCCGAGGCACGACGUGCCGCCGCACAUAAAAUUCGGCAGUCCCGAGGAUACGUAUGCCAGCUGCCUCUCCUUCCUGCCGAGAGCGCCAAGGAAGAACGUCAUUCGUCAGCUGGCGAAUUUCCCGAAGAAACUGCGCUAUUCCGCGCGGAUGGACGCGGCGCAUCCGGAGGAUGAGCAUCGCGACUUCGUGUUGGAGUACAAUCUGAGCGACGGUGCCGUUCGGAUCAACGAGAUCGAGAAGCGCAAUUCCGGCCGGCACGAGGGCUGCUUCCUGUCCUCGCGGCGCGUACCAAAGCCGGGCACGGGAAGGGACGAUCCGGAGUAUUACACGCCGCGGGACUUCUUCAUUGGCGCGCGCAUCGACGUGUUCAAUCAUCGUUUUAUCAUUACCGGGGCUGAUUUGUUCGUGUAUCGGUACGUCGAGGCUAACCGCGAUAAGUUUUGCCAGGAAGUGCGAGAAAACCUGCGGAAUUACUUCCUGCAGCAAGGUAUGCUGCGGGACGACGUGGACGUCGAGGCUGGAAAAAAACAAGCCGAGGAUGAGCGGAAACUUCUCGCGAAUGCGAAAGCUCUCGAGGACGAUGUCGACGUGAACGCAUGCACGGGCGAGAAAUUUCGUACGGCCCCAGUCGUGGAGAAUUAACGGCUGCUCAAUUGAGUCAUUAACAUGUAAAUGAUUUCAAUUUACGUUUUCUGUCAAUCUCCUCUCUCUUGCGACGCCCGCUAAUUAAGGGGCGAGCCUGCUUUAGAACGCUGAAAAUAAGGUAUAAUAUUACGAAUUUGUUUGGAGAAACUAUACAGCGGAUCAUU